UCUCUCAUCAUGCUAGCCCAUCCAGCUAGCUAGCCACUUCUUUCUCUCUCCUCCUCUCUCUCCCCCACUUUUCUUCUCCUUUUUCUAUAAAUUUAAAACUUUUUCUAACUCAAAACCGUGUUUGAACCCUCAAACUCCAAUUAUAACCCAUCUCCUAGAUCUCACUCUUCUCAAAACCAAAACAAACGCAAAAUGAACUUCAAAUUCCCAAAAUCAAAACCAAAACCAAAACUUUUCUUCUUUUUUCUCACCCUCUCCCUCUUGUUUCUUCAAUCUCAAUCACUAUCUUCCACCACCACCAAAAACAAUGCCUCAAAAACAAGAAAAACAAUUACCAAAGAUCAAUUCAAAGAAGCACCUCAAUUCUACAACUCACCAAACUGCGCCAUCAUCGUAGAAUCAGACACAGACACCGAACACGACAUAGACGCGUAUAUCUGCUCGGAGGAAGCAGUCCAUGUCGCAAUGACAUUAGACACAACAUACAUCCGAGGCUCCAUGGCUGCAAUCCUCUCUGUCCUCCAACACUCAUCAUGUCCACAAAACAUCAUCUUCCACUUCGUUUGUUCCUCAAACUCUUCACUUCUCCACUCCACAAUUUCAAACUCCUUCCCUUAUCUCAAAUUCCAAGUCUACAAUUUCGACGAUUCAAUCGUUUCAGGACUAAUCUCAACCUCCAUUCGCUCCGCCCUCGAUUGUCCCUUGAACUACGCAAGAAGCUAUUUGGCGAAUCUAAUUCCACUGUGUGUUAGAAAAAUCGUCUACUUAGAUUCAGACCUUAUAUUAGUCGAUGAUAUCGCCAAACUCGCAUCAACACCAUUAGCAGAAAAAAAUUCAGUUUUGGCAGCACCAGAAUACUGCAAUGCAAAUUUCACAUUUUACUUCACACCGACUUUCUGGUCCAACCCAUCACUGUCCUUAACCUUCGCGAACCGAAAGCCUUGUUACUUUAACACCGGAGUCAUGGUGAUCGAUCUAGAAAAAUGGCGCGACGGAGAUUACACGACGAAGAUAGAAGAAUGGAUGGAAUUACAAAAGAGAAUGAGAAUCUAUGAACUUGGUUCAUUGCCACCAUUUUUACUAGUUUUCGCAGGCGAAAUCGUUGCGGUGGAUCAUAAAUGGAAUCAACAUGGUCUUGGUGGUGAUAAUUUUCGAGGUCUUUGUAGAGAUCUUCAUCCUGGUCCAGUGAGUUUGUUGCAUUGGAGUGGUAAAGGGAAGCCAUGGGUGAGAUUGGAUGCUAAUAGACCUUGUCCUUUGGAUGCUCUUUGGGCACCUUAUGAUCUUUUGCAGACACCAUUUUCUCUUGAUUCUUGAUUAGGAAGAAAUUAAACAAGUUUUCAAUGUAAUUAAUAAAAAAAACUAUAUAUUAUAUUGUUGAGGAGAACAAAAUAAUGACUUUGUAUAUAGUUUAAGAGAGUUUCAUAUUUUGAAUAUGUAAAUUCAAUGAGUAUAAUCAAAUUCAAGUUUAUAUA